AUGAGGCCUUCAGAUGACAGGGUGCAGCUUUCAGGCUUUGCACAAUCAGAUGAAUCGACACUUGAUGUGGACGGGCAUUGCUACCAUCAACAGUCAUUCCCUUGUUCUCCAUCAAUGCAACCAAUUGUUUCUGGGUGCACACACACAGAGAACAGCGCGGCAUACUUCUUAUGGCCAACAUCAAACCUACAGCAUUGUGCAGCUGAGGGGCGUGCAAACUACUUUGCCAACCUUUCAAAAGGACUUCUCCCGAAGUCUGGCAAGUUGCCCAAGGGCCAGCAAGCAAAUAGCUUGCUUGAUUUGAUGACUAUAAGAGCUUUCCAUAGCAAGAUAUUGCGUUGCUUCAGCCUUGGAACGGCGGUGGGCUUCCGCAUCAGGAAAGGGGUUCUGACAGAUAUCCCCGCAAUUCUUUGCUUUGUUGCUCGCAAAGUUCACAAGAAGUGGCUUAAUCCGACCCAAUGCCUUCCUGCCAUUGUUGAGGGUCCAGGAGGUAUUUGGUGUGAUGUGGAUGUUGUUGAGUUUUCGUACUAUGGUGCACCAGCUCAAACUCCAAAAGAGCAAAUGUUCACUGAGCUUGUUGAUAAGUUGUGCGGCAGUGAUGAAUGUAUUGGCUCCGGCUCUCAGGUUGCAAGUCAGGACACUUUUGGGACUUUGGGCGCCAUUGUAAAACGGCGAACUGGCAACAAGCAGAUAGGUUUCCUCACCAACCGACAUGUUGCGGUUGACUUGGACUACCCAAACCAGAAGAUGUAUCACCCAUUGCCACCCAACCUUGGGCCUGGUGUUUAUCUUGGAGCUGUCGAAAGGGCAACAUCUUUCAUCACAGAUGAUGUUUGGUAUGGAAUCUAUGCUGGAACAAACCCAGAGACAUUUGUACGUGCCGACGGGGCAUUCAUCCCAUUUGCUCAUGACUUCGAUAUCUCCACAGUCACAACCACAGUUAGGGGUGUUGGUGACAUUGGGGAUGUCAAAUUUAUAGAUCUGCAGUGUCCACUUAAUAGCCUCAUAGGGAGGCAAGUAUGCAAAAUCGGCAGAAGUUCUGGUCACACAACUGGAACUGUGAUGGCUUAUGCCCUUGAGUACAAUGACGAGAAAGGAAUAAGCUUCUUCACUGACCUCCUUGUUGUUGGUGAGAACCGCCAAACGUUUGAUCUAGAAGGUGAUAGUGGAAGCCUUAUUAUCCUGACUGGCCAGGACAGCGAGAAGCCGCGUCCCAUAGGGAUAAUAUGGGGUGGCACAGCAAACCGUGGGAGGCUAAAGCUUAGGUGUGACCAUGGCCCUGAAAAUUGGACCAGUGGAGUUGAUCUUGGCCGCCUUCUAGAUCGUCUUGAACUUGAUCUUAUCAUAACCAGUGAAGGACUCAAAGAUGCCGUGCAGCAGCAAAGGCUUGCGUUGGUGGCUGCAGCUAACUCUGCUGUUGGGGAGUCGUCGACAGCAGCCGUUCCUGUCCCAGAAGAAAAGGUGGAGGAGAUCUUUGAGCCUUUGGGGAUCAAAAUUGAGCAGCUGCCUCGGCACGACGUUUCAGCCUCUGGGACUGAAGGGGAGGAGGCAGCUGUGAUCAACGUGGAAGAGCGCCAGUUCAUCUCAAACUUUGUGGGCAUGUCCCCUGUACGCGACGACCAGGAUGCUCCAAGGCAAAUUGCUAACCUGAACAAUCCAUCAGAGGAAGAGCUCGCCAUGUCGCUGCACCUAGGCGACCGGGAGCCCAAGCGGCUUCGCACAGACACAGAAUCCGACCUCGACCUGGAGAAGUGA